CCCCAUCCAGUGUGGUGCAGUGUUUGCAAAUACCUUGAACGCAAGCGAGAGAAGAAGGAAGGGGGGGACUGGCUGGCUGGCUGACUGACGGACGGAGUCUUCUUCUGUUGCUGCUGCUGAAUACAAGUCGUUUGCAUCGCUGGGGAUCGCUGCUGUGUCUUUCACUGGCUUUUCUACCUGAGAAAAAUAUUUUAAGUGCAGCUAAAUAGUUUUUUUUUUUCAAUAAUAAUAAUAAAAAAAUAAAAUAAACAAACUCGGGAAAAAUGGAUGUUCUACCCAUGUGCAGCAUCUUUCAAGAACUUCAAAUAGUUCACGACACGGGCUAUUUCUCAGCCUUACCGUCACUGGAGGAGUACUGGCAGCAGACAUGCUUGGAGCUGGAGCGCUACCUGCAGAGCGAGCCUUACGUCUCCACAUCCGACCUCAAGUUCGACAGCCAGGAGGACCUCUGGAGCAAGCUGAUCUUGGCCUGUGGGGAUAAGGCCAAGACAGAGUCUGACCCAAAGCUCCCCUCGGCCCACGAGGAGGACAAUCAGGACAGCCAAAUCUUGGACAACAACAGUGUGAAUUCAGAUGCCAGCAGCGAGGCUUCAGACAGUUCUGAGGAGCUCUCGCCCACUCACAGCUUUACCUCCAACCCUCUGGGCUCUGUCUUGGUUGGCUCUGGACCUUUUAGCCCCUCUGUCAUUAGCACUCCCCCGUCCUCUCCUGAAGCCAACUCGGAGGCCAGCGGCGUGAUGAACGGCUGGGUGAAUACGCAUGCUGAAUUGCACUUGCCGGUCAAAAUCAGGAGCGGCAACGUGGCAAAGAGUUCGGAAAAGACGGGACUCGUCUCCGGAGAUGCGUCUCCGGACGGCAGGAGGCGUGUACACAGGUGUCACUUCAACGGGUGUCGCAAGGUUUACACAAAGAGCUCCCACCUAAAGGCACACCAGCGCACACAUACAGGUGAGAAACCGUACAGGUGUUCGUGGGAGGGCUGCGAGUGGCGUUUUGCACGAAGCGACGAGUUGACCAGACACUUCAGGAAGCACACUGGGGCAAAGCCAUUUAAAUGCAGUCACUGUGACAGAUGUUUCUCCAGGUCUGACCAUCUGGCUCUUCACAUGAAGAGGCACAUCUAGAGCAGGGCAAGAGCCAAGCAACGCAGCAAAGGGGAAAAGUUUUGAAAAGAGGAGAAGAAAAAAAAAAUUUAAACAAACGCCAUCUCCCGACCAGUCUCUUGGUUGAACUGUCCCAGAGCAGAGUGGCGGGAGAGUGUUCCAGCCAAAGCAUGCCGUUUUGCACCAUACUGAAACCCAGUGCCUCCGGGACCUCUCUUUGGAGAAAGGCGCUCUGAAGGUCGUCUGUUGCAACAAGAGGACAAAAUCAUGGAUGGGCAAGUUUUUGAUUUGAGAAGGACUUAAAACACACACAAAAAGACAAGAAAAAAAAAUGACAAAAAAAAAAUGACAAUAGAGCGUGAAUGAUUUGUAUGUAUGGUGCAUGAUGUUUUGGGGACAUCUCCCAGACAGCAGAUACACUGGUACUUUACUAAACUGUCUGAGGUAAGCAUGUGUGCACUGUGAAUGUCUGCCAUUGGCUAACUGACCCCCUGGAAAGGGAGAAGAAGAGGCAGAGGAGAGGAUUUUGGGGAGAAGAGAUGGAUUGGUCGAUGGAAAGGCGCAGGGGCUGGUACCAAUGUUGCUGUGGACUGAAUGGGAUUCUGGGAGAAACAUUCCACUUGUGUUUCCCUAGUGGCAGUGUGAGGACGAGGCAGGGAGGAAGCUCCUGCCUGCCUCCUGUCUGUUUGGCAACCAGACUCAGGGGGGGGGCCUGCUUCUCUGAAGCCAGUGAGGCCUUGGGUUUGACCAGAGAGACAGGUGCUGCCCUGUCACUGGUCUGUGUAACCCAGGGACCAGAACGCGCCCCCCCGCCUCUCUUGGUCACUGUAUGACAGGAGCUUUUUUUGGUGUUUUUGGUGCAGCUACUAAAUGUGCAAUGUGUUAUGUAGCCUGGUUUAUUAUUUUUUUACAAGCUACAAAGCUCAUUUGUAGUCCAAUUGUAUAAGCUGUGUGCUUAGAGGUAUAACACAACUAUACUAUAAAUUCAGUAUCAUAGACAGGUGUUGCAUGGUUCUAGGGUUUCUUCAUUUCCUGUUUCCACUGUAAUCAGGACUGCAAAUAGUUUCAAUAAAAGUGCAGCUAAACGGCAAACAGUUAAAUGUUACAAUAUUGUACAUAAAGCCUUGACGAUUUCCUCUUUUAUUUUGACACUUUCAUCAAUUUCCUUCACUCUGGUUUGUCAUCUGGCUGGAAAGUUCACCAGUGGUUGCUAUUUUUAUUUUAUUUUAUUUUUUCAGUCAUUCUUUGCCUUCAGGACUAAUUUUGGAUUUCUUUCUUCUUCGGUACUUUCUUUCCAAUAAUGCACUGUUGACCUUAAUGGUGCCUUAUGCAAGUGACUCAGCCCUGCAGGUAGUGGUGGUUUGGUCCCUUGGGAUGUCACAUUUGUUGUCUGGGUGAUUUGCAAAAGCUUAAUCAAGGCUCAAUUACAAAUUAAAUUGCACGUACUUUGUGUUUAACUACAAUUUCCAGCAGUUAAUUUGUUGUUAAAAUGUAAAUGUUUGCAAAAGUACCUUUUUGAGUCAACUGCCCCUUUUUUUUUUUUUUGCCAGUUUAGUUGAUGUAAAUGCCAUUAAUUUAAGUUUGUACUUGUAUAUAGGGCAAAUGGUGUAUGUUUAGAGCACUUAAAUUCAUUAAUUAAAGAUGUUAACUACUGUGUAGUAUGUACUGAAGUCCAUUACACACAGUCAAAAUGUUCUUACGGUGCUGCUGCUUUUCACUGGUGUCCUACCAUCCUGUGCCCCCUGUACUCCCACCCCCUCUAUCUGCCUCCCUUUAGUGUCCCACUGCAUCCCUGCAAGUGGGACUGAAGAAAAAGCUAAAGAUUUAUUGUAAUUAACAGACUGCAGUCGGACAGGCCUCGCCUUGUACUGCCUCACAGUAAUGAAUUGCUAAAGGCUUUGUUGGCAUGGAAUCUGUCACAGACUGCUGACUGUGUAGGUUGGUUAUUGACCUGUCUGGUGAGCUUUGUUUUAGCCAAGCUGCAACAGUAUUAUGAAAACCGUGGGGUCGGGGGGGGUGUUGGGUCACUCAGGAGUAGAUGGAGAUCAAGAAUUGACAAUGCACAGGGAAAUUUGGCCAAAAAAACUAAAAAGCUCAUGAAAGUAUCUGUUUGGAGGUGGAGGGAGAGCGACGCUCAACGGAAAAAGGACAAAAAAAAAAUUGCUUUGGUUUCUACUGAUCGCUGCUUUGGGAUAAAUCUUUGUGUGGCACCCACUCCAGGUCAGCGACCCCGCUGUAGGAAUUCGAUGUUGCAGCAAGUUGUACCGCGGCAUGCUCCGACAUAUGGAUUUCAGAUGAGUGGGCACUGGAGACGGGAUGAGUACAAACUUGAAAGUGCUUGCUGUGAUAGAUUUGGGAGUGCUGGCGAGGCCUUUUGUGGGCAAAGAGCAGGAACAUCCAUUCUGUGAAAACAGCAGCCGAUACUGUUCCAAGUGAUAAUUGAGCCUUGAUUUAGCCUCUUUUUUUUUUUUUUCUUUGGUCGCAUCUUUUUUUUUUUUUUAAUUUUUAUUUUUACACAUCUCCAUCAUCUCCACUACCCAAAUUAUUCUGUCACACACACACACACAAACAAACACACACAGAGCUCUUUGUUCUUAACUGAAUCUUUGUAUAAAAGAAAAAAAAAACUUUUGUAAAAUUGUUAUGUUUAUGCUUUAUGAAAUUUUUAUUUGAAAUUGUUUUGCAAAAUUGUUAUAUUUCUGUAUGAAUGUAUUUUUUAUCGGAAUAAGAAAUUCUUAUCUGACCUUG